CCCUGAUUGAGAGCGCACCGAGAGUGAUGCUGCAUCAUCUUCACUUCUAAACCCCACCAACACGCAAUCCCUGGAUUAUGUCAGAGGAUCACAGUCGGGAUUUUCUUCUAAACAGCUGGGAUUAUCGAUCAACCCUGUAGUCGCUAUAAAAGAUGUGUUUUGAACUGUUUUCAGUUAUUUUCUUUUGAAACUAUCCAAUUUGCGUCUACUGGUCGUCAAAAGUUGGAUUCAAAACGCUGCUGAACUUGUAAGGAACUUUAAACCUGCCUAACAGAAAAAAAAAAAAAAACUGUUUUGUUUUAUAAUGUUUUGUGCAGAAUUUAAACAGCAUCUUCCGUUCGCAUACAAAUGUUCUAGCUUUUUCAGGCGAAGGAAUAAGCACCCGUGUCUAUCGCCGUGUCCAUCCGCUGCUGAGCAACCGAUGCUCGUUUGCAAGGUGCGACUCUCUGGUGUGCGCUUGUAGUUCCUGCUCGGAUACUUCACCGUUCAUUCCCUCUUUUUCGAUUCGUUUCAUCUGGGCAUAAGAGGUUGGUUUUUAAAAUAAAGUAACUGUAAGGUACCUGCUCCAAUUAGUUGGUUGAAAUGCUAUUUUUAUUGCCUUUUAAUGUGCAUGGUCCAUCGUCUGUAUUUUCUAAACCGUUCCCGAAGCAGUAGAGCGAACUUUAUACGAAUACGGUUAUUUUUUUGGCACCCAUGACCGAGACAAUGGCGUUAAGUGGAAACUCUAGAGCUAAAGACAGCAGUUUUCCAGACGUUAUUGAACUAAACGUCGGGGGCCAAGUGUAUUAUACCCGUCACACCACGUUAAUAAGCAACCCUGGCUCUCUUUUGGGGAAAAUAUUCUCUCCUAAAAACAACGCAUCGAAUGAUCUCGCUAGGGACCCCAAAGGUCGUUACUUCAUCGACCGGGAUGGGUUUUUGUUCAGAUAUGUGUUAGACUACCUUAGAGACAAGCAAGUUGUCCUCCCUGACCACUUCCCUGAGAAGGGAAGGCUGAGGAAAGAAGCGGAGUACUUUCAAUUGCCUGACUUGGUUAAACUCUUAACCCCGGACGACUUGAAGCCCAGUCCCGACGAAUACAUCCACAGCGAUUACGAGGAUGGCUCUCAAGGAAGCGACCAGCGGAUGUGCCCUCCACCGUCGCUCGUUCCCGCCGACAGAAAAAGCGGGUUCAUAACAGUCGGAUAUCGCGGGUCUUGUACGAUGGGUAGGGAGAGUCAAACCGAUGCCAAAUUCCGGAGGGUGCCGCGGAUUAUGAUAUGCGGGAGGAUUGCGCUAGCCAAAGAAGUUUUUGGCGAGACCCUGAACGAGAGCAGGGACCCAGACAGGACCCCUGACAGGUACACGUCCCGCUUUUACCUCAAGUUCAAGCACCUGGAGCGCUCUUUCGACAUGCUCUCGGAGUGUGGCUUCCAGAUGGUCGCGUGUAACUCGUCUGUGACAGCCUCGUUCGUCAACCAGCAUACUGACGACAAGAUAUGGUCAAGUUACACUGAGUACGUCUUUUACCGUGGCCCGUCUCGCUGGUCAUCUCCUCCAUGCGACUGCUGCUGCAAAGGUCACAAGGGUGAAGGCGAAGGUGAGAGUGGAACCUCCUUCAACGAACUCUCCACCUCCAGCUCAGAGAGCCAUUCUGAGGCCAGCUCCCCGCAAGGUACCGUCAUCCGCGGCCCGGUCAGCCGACAGACGCACGUGCAAACGUUGGACAGGCCUCCCAAGAAAGGCCCCGUUCAGCAUCUCCUGCAGCAGCAGCAGUCCGAGCAGCGUCGCAAGAGCGACCUUCUCCGGACGCUCACCGCAAGUUCCCGGGACACCAGCACCUGUAAGAAGCGGCCGGCGAAAGAAAAGUUGACUGCCGAAGAGGAGCUGGAGAAGUGCAUCCAGGACUUCCGCAAGAUCAAGAUUCCCGAGCACUUUCCCGAACGCAAGUACAUGUGGCAGGCCGACCUCCUGCGCAAAUACCGUCUUUGAGGGAUGGCGGUAACCUUCAAACCUAAAAGCGCAAACUACGUGUUCACUACUAACUACAGCUACAACUACUAUUGCUAAUACACACCACACUACUACUGCCUCUGACUUGUUGUCAAUGUUGGUCGAUAACCCGAGCGACCACUUCAUCUGCUCGAACGCUAAUUGUUUACUUGUAAACACGUACAUUUUUGUAGAGUUCCAGAGAGACACGAGUGAGACGCACUACUACUUGUCUCUUUGGUUUCGGUCCGUUGCUGAGCUACACUUUAUGUGUAAUCGUGUGUUUGUUACAACUGAUUUUUUGACCUCGGUAUGUUAGUGCCACAGCGAUUGAGUUGAGGUGGCCCAGAGGUUGAAAGAUGAAUGUGUAUCCACCUCAUAAAUAAUGCAUGUGGUCCCAACUGUGCCCUUUCUAAGAAUAGCCACUGCCUUGGCGGAUGUGAGAGUGGGUUUCCAUUUCAACAAUCUGAGAAGCACAGAAGAUCAUGGAGCCAAACGUGUUUUCCCUUUUUUCGGAUUCUCCAUGUUCCAUUUUCAUACCUCAGCUAAGCUACUAUCAAAGACCCCUCUGCAUAUACCGUAGUCAUGGCAUAAAUAGGUUGUGGGUGGAAACUCAAUAGCAUCACAUAAAGGCUUUAAAACUGCUGCCUGCAACAUACUGAUUUUAACAUGAUAUUCCAAACGGGAGUGGAUGAUUGCUUACACUUGAGGUCAAAGGUUAAAUAUGGAAUGUUUGGAACAAUCAUGACAAUAACAGGAAAAGAUUAGGGUUAUAUCCUGGAAACAAUCACACACUGAUCAACGCGAACAUAGUUUAAGGUUGUGCAAUGUUUUUGCAGAACACAUUACGCUGUUUAUUGAGUGAUUCUGAGAAAUGGAAAACUUCUGGUUGUAUCCGUAAGGACUAUUAAAUUUAAUGAGACAUAUACAUAGCUGAUAAUAUUUCAGUGGAAACAUAUUGGUGUACGUAAUGCUUAAUAAUAAAUACCAUCCUUAACAAACAUCAUUUUUGAAACACACCAAUAAAGCUUAGAUGUGUUUUGCUUAAUUUAACAUUUUGCAAGGAUUUUGGAAAACCAGUAAAAACAUCGUAAGUUGCUGCUAUUGAAUUUAUUUUAAAUCUAUGCUAGACAGACCUUGGUGUAAGGACUAUGGAGUAAUAGCUUACAAUAAUAUUUAAAUAAAAACAUAAUAAUAAUAAUAAUAAUAAUAAUAAUAAUAAUAAUAAUGCAACAUAUGUAUUUUCAAACAAUUAAAUGAUCAUUUAUAAUUGUGGAAGAGAGAAAAAAAUGAUCAGCCUCUUCAUCUAUCAUUUUACGCUGUUGUUUUUUCACGAAUUUCUUAUAUUUUAUACCUCAACUGUUUAUGAUGAACAGCCUUAAACUGAGUUUACCUUAAGAAAUGUUUUUAAUGUAAGACAAUUUAAGUACACAAAUGUGACUAGAUGUUCAAAGAAAGGCACGUACUGUAUGUUUAUGUAUCACAGAUAUAAUAUAUAAGAUCCAGACCUUUUGGUUUGUAUUGUAUUCUGUGUUCUGAGACAUCUACUACUUAACUAGAAUAUAUAUUUCAUUAAAACAUCACAUUUAUUUUCAUGUCUACGAAAAUAGCCCAAAUGUAUUACCAUAAAUAGAAGAUGUUGUCUCUCAUUUCACUACAGAUGCAAAGUCUCCAGAUGCAUGCUUAUGAUGAAUUUGAUUUAGAAAGUUAGGAAAAGGCCAAAGGACAGGAACAGUUUGAGGGGUAAAUAAAUGACGGACAUGGUCUUGCAAACUGUCUUUUCUCAAAGUAGCCCUUUGAAUUGGAAUAUAAAUUAAAAUUCAUUGAGUGCUCAUCAGAACGUAGCCUCCAGCCUCUCAUUCUCUUAUCAUGAAGCCUACUAAACAGAAAGCUAAAAAUGAAAGGGCAGAGAGAAUAUCAUCUAUAAUAGAAUAGAUUAUUUAUUAACUGUAUGCCUAAAAGGAUACAUUAUAGUCAUUAUUUUAUUGCACAUAUUUCCUACUUUUUUCCAAAUACUGUCCAUAUUGUAAAAUAAUAAAAUUACAAAUCACUUGUAAAUAACAUUAAAAUGUCUUUUAUAUGAAUUGCACUUAUAAUCUGUAAGAGAUUUACUCUUCAACCACGAUGACAGCUAAUUAUAAUAAAAGUGUUUGGAAUCCAUAUAAAUUAUAUAAAUGAAUUAUAUGAAAAAAGUACCAGAUGAAGCUAAAGUAACAGAAUGGGAAAAGACCCAGUUGUGGAAUUUAAUGUUAAGCUGUUACCAGGUAGCGUAUGUCACACAUGAGCACAACUCACCUAAAGCACAAACUCACCACUGCUUUGUACCAGGAAGUACCUGGAGAUUCAGGUGCCAUUCAUGCUGUGCUGUGCAGGCACCACACAUUCAUACUCUAGCUUCUAUAAGCAGACAUUUUUCUUUAUUUUAUAUAGGCCUACAUCUAUGUCAACACUAUUUUGGAGAUAUAUAGCAAGGGCUUUGGAGGUAAAAGCCAGACAAAGAGAUUGAUACAUUAUCAUUUGAUUAGAUUUAAAAGUCAGUAAUGGAAUUAAUAGCAUUAUGAUUAUAACUCAGUGGAAAUCCAAUGAAAUGUUUUGCUUAUGUUUGGGUUCCAUUCAAAGACGCAUUCACACUGGCAGUGGUAUAUGUUAAACAUCAGAUAUGUUUUAAUUGACUGUUGAACAUUGUGCUGCGUGUAGCAUUUGCACUUUCAUUGUGGACAGACAAAUUACUUGUUACUAAAAGCUAGGCCUCUUUCACACCCCAUUCAAAGACAUUGCUACAAAUCUAAAGAGAUGAAAUAAUGGUUGAAUUUAUAAAAAUGACCCUGUUCAAAAGUUUACAUACAUGUGAUUCUUAAUACUGUGUUGUUACCUGAUU